GAGCGUGUUGAUGGAAAGAAGAAAUUGAAAAUGCACGCUAUACCAACAAUAUUUGGAUAUGCUAUCAUGCAAAUGCAAAAUAAUAGAGCUUCAGAGCAUAGAUCUAAUGCGAGGUCUACACAGCACUCACCGAUAUUAGUAUAUACAGAUCCGUCAAGUAAAGACGUUGUGAUAUUAUCUCAAUGUGAUGAAACUGGACAUUACGAGAGUACAGAGCCUAUGCAGGAAUCUUUAUUGGCACACUUAGCACCAUUAAAUGAAAAUGAAAUUAACAAUGCACAACAGGAAAAUAAGGAAGUGGAUGCACAGCACCAAGAGACAUGUACUAAUAUUCAUGCUUCCAAUAAGCAGACUUUUUUAUCGGAAAAUGUACCUCUGGAGGAAAAUGAAUGCGAUAUCAUUAGCAACGAUGAAAGUGUACAUAAACAGGAAGUCGAAUUAUUAACUGCACAGAAGGAAUUUGCAACAUCUGACUGCAAUUGUUGUAUGGCAGAGAAGUACAAAAAACUUGAGAAACUAUAUUUAAAAAGUGAAAGAUCGAGGGUUUUAAUGAAAAAAAAUCACAACCGAUUGCAAGUCAUUAUGAAGAGGAAAAUUAUGAAACUGGAAAAAAUUGUGUUGCUCAAAGGUGGAAACAAACCGUGGCAUAUUUUUAUUCCGGUAAUAGUACAAACGGAUCGAUUUAUAAGUCAAUAAUUUUAAAUAUUAUUGAGGAAGCUAACAAAAUAGGAUUGCGUGUUCAAGGUAUCGUAUCCAAUAUGGGUGCUCCAAACCAGGCAAUGUGGAAAUCGUUUAACAUUAAUGUUUCUCGAUAUUCGACGGUACAAAAUAAAUAAAAAUCAUUUAUUCAUGAAUCUAUACCAGCCAGUUUGAA